AUGGUAACAACACUAGUCACUACCAUGUACUAUGGUGUGGGUAUGAACACGGACAGUCCGUGUGUUCACACGGUAACUAAAAUUGGCACGGUAAAUACUGUGGUGGAGGGAGCUAUGAGAUUCCGUUGGACCAUAGAACAAUGGUUGGACGGAGCAGCAGCCGCACAGUGCACACCAAGCCUAAGGCCGGCGGGCUUAGCUUUACACACAGUUUAUCACGUAAUCUAG